AUGGACAGAGGGAUUUCAAGAUUACACACUAUCAGUAGUGGCUUCUUACCAAAUGUCUUCAAAGUUCUAGCUCAUCGGCCUGAUGAAUUCCGUGCUUUUUUCAUGUAUUAUGAUGCACUGAUGCUUAGAGAGGGAAAUCUAACAAAAGCUGAAAAAGAAAUGAUCGUAGUUGCAACAAGUUCAGCAAACAACUGCAUGUACUGUAUUGUGGCUCAUGGUGCCUUGUUAAGGAUCUACUCUAAAAAUCCACUGUUGGGUGACCAGGUGGCAGCCAAUUGGCAAUGUGCCGACUUGACUGAAAGAGAAAGAGCCAUACUUCAGUUGGCAAUGUGUGUUUCGAGAUCAGAAACAGUGGAUGAUGAACAUUUAACAGCUUUGGAAAAGCAUGGCUUGAAUAGAGAAGAUGCAUGGGACAUUGGCGCCAUUGCAGGGCUCUUUGCAUUGUCUAACAGAAUGGCUCAUCUAACCAACAUGCGUCCAAAUGAUGAGUUUUAUCUUUUGGGAAGGGCAAAGAAAGAAAAGUAGCAAUGAAAUCCUUUGUUGAAAUAAUGUAAGAACAGCCCAUAUGUUCUGCUUCAUGCCUAGUCACCAUCUUCUUUCUUGAAUUAGCGUUACAAGUAGAACUUGGCCAAACUAGUGAAAAAUUUGCAUGUCAAGAUCUUUGGGAGUGAUAACAUCAGUGGGGGGUGCCUCAGUGGGGAGCUUGCCCUAGAGGGGGGGGAGGGGCUUUAGUAUGUCUAGGAGGAUAGGUCCAGGGGGCCUGGACUCCCCUUUUAAGAAAUUGUAGUUGUAGUUAGCUGUAUGGUGAUGUCAAAGUAGGUCAACGUUUUUAUUUACUUUCUGAUGUACAUAGUCCCUUCUCUCCUCUAAAGGGUGUAAAUGGAUUUUGGCAUAUUGCUCUGACUGUCAGAGGAAACUGAUAAAAUAAAAAAUAGAAAAAUAAACGCUACACUUGAAAUGAUGAAAAUUGUUUUUCUUGAUUUUUAGCAGAGCUCCUGCAUGUCAAAGGUGCGCAAGUGGAGCCCUAUACCUUAGAAAAUUUAGUAGCCCAUCAAUCUAAAAAGUUUGGGUUUGUCACAUGACUGUUCGUAUGCCAGUACCUUGAAAAGUAACAGAGUAGCACUAUUACCAUAGCUACUGAACAUCUUUGAUUUUUGUCAUCCAUGUUAUGGCUAAUUGACAGCUGUCAAAACAAGCUAUCUGCUGACCAGUAUCACAUGACCUUAUCUUGGGCUCAGGUUUAGAGCUCAUCAAGGUUGACUGUACUGGUUUUUUGAUUGAAUCCCAGGCUCAAGUCAGGUUAUAACUCCGGGGGAAAAAGAAGGAGUACAUGCAAAUGCAAAAUUUUGGCACAAAUUAGCACCUGGCACGUUGUUAACUUUU